AUGGCCAUCAGAGGGUGGGGGUGGGCCCGAGCCCCUUAUCCAGGACUUAGCACGGCUAUAGGAGCGCGCGCCGGCACUGGUGCUUCCUGCUGCGGCUGCGGCAAGGCCGAACUAGGGAAUGAUUUUCGGGAAAAAACGGUAGAUUUGGAACAACAGACUGAACAGCCUAAUUGGUUUGAUCGUUUAAUUCUUUGA